AUGAUGGCUUCUGAAGCCUCAUCCCCCUUGGGCUCGGUGCCUGUGCCCCAGACGCCAACAACAGCGUCAGCCUUCAAGGGACCCAACCCGUUCUCGUCAAAGGUCACCACCGUCCUGGCCACCUCUUAUGCCGACUCUGAAUUCCGCGGUGCCCUUGCACUCAUAGAUGACCGCGGCCUCACCAACUCUGCCACAACCCGCCGCCAGGUCCGACUGCAGCUGCAGAAGGAGGUAAUCGACAGCAAUGGCAGCAUCAUCGUGGAGUUUGGGAGAGUUGCCGAUCACUACGACGGCAUGAAGGCGCACAUCUCUGCCGCGCAUGGGGCAACUGCUUCUGUCACAAACGACGCAUCGUCUCUGAUGACACAGCGCCGGCAGGUUGAGACCAAGCAGCAGGUGCUUGCGUCGUUCAACAAACAUUUCUUGCUCUCCGAGGACGAGCUGUCGGCCCUGACAUCGACUGCGGAGCCUGUUGACGACGCCUUCUUCACAGUCCUUGCCAAGGCCAAGGGCAUACGCAAGGACUGCGAGAUCCUGCUUGGCUUCGAGAACCAAGCCCUUGGGCUCGAGAUCAUGGAGAACACGUCGAAGAACCUGAACCUGGCUUUCCAAAAGCUUUACCGCUGGAUCCAGCGCGAGUUCAAGAGCCUGAACCUGGAAAACCCACAGAUGGGCUCCCCCAUGCGGCGUGCCCUGCGCGUGCUGGCAGAACGCCCCUCCCUUUUCCAGAACUGCCUCGACCUGUUUGCCGAGACCCGGGAACAGCUCCUCUCGGAUUCCUUCCACACUGCGCUCACCGGAUCAACUGCAUCUGGCGUGGAGGACCGGUCAGUGAAGCCCAUCGAGCUGGCCGCCCACGACCAGCUGCGCUACGUGGGGGAUAUGCUCGCAUGGAUACAUUCGGCGGCCGUCAGCGAACGAGAGGCACUGGAGAUACUGUUUGUCUCAGAAGGGGACGAGAUUGCCAAGGGAAUCCAGGCCGGCCGUGAAAACGAGGUGUGGCACUUGGUCGAGGACGGCGAGGACGGCGAGAGCGAGGUCUUCGACCCCGUCAAGGCCCUGAACGAGCUGGUAGAUCGGGACAUGUCUGGCGCCGCCAGGAUCCUCCGGCAGAGAGUCGAGCAGGUUAUCCAGACCAACGAGGAUGUCAUCCUGGCAUACAAGCUGGCCAACCUGCUGAAUUUCUACCGCGCCACCUUUGCAAAACUGCUUAGCGCCGCGUCGGUCUUGGUGGAAUGCCUUCAGGGCCUCGAGUCCGACGCAUUACGCCUGUUCAGAUCACUCAUGAGAGACUACGUGGGCAACCUCCAAGGGGAAUUCCAGCAGGCGCCUUCCGCGAACCUCGAGCCCCCGGAGAUCUUCCGCGAGGCGCUCGAGCAGCUUUCCGCGGUCAUGAAGACGUAUGACACGUCUCUGACCGCUUCGGACAGGCGGGAAGCAGGCUUCGAGCCUAUCCUAGCCGAAGCACUGGACCCGUUCGUCUCGGGGUGUGAGGGCAUGGCCGAAAGACUCGAAGCCCCCACAAGAUCCAUCUUCUCCAUCAACUGCGCGCAGGCAGCCAUCGAGACGCUUUCGAGGUUCGAUUUUGCCCAGGGGCGCGUGGAGAAACUCCAAAGGGAGGUGGAUCAGAGCUCCCAGGUACUGGUCGACAGCCAGUACCUAUUCUUCAGGAGGGAGUCAGGCCUGGAUGUCGUCCUGACUUCCAUCGAGUCGAUGAAUGAAAGCCACGAGGACAUCGGGCGCAUGCGGAAACUCGAGCCCUUCCAACCGGCCUCGCUGGAGCUUACGAGUAGGACGCUAGACAACUUCCUCGCGUCGGCCCUCAUGGACGCCAUGGAGAACAUUCAGAAACUGCAAGACUCGCGCCUUGCCAGGGAGAUCACUGAAGAAGCUGCAGAGAGGUUCCUCGCAGACUUUGGGCGCCUGGAAAACAUGCUCAUGUCUGCAGACGAAGCCGCCGAGCGGCAGAGCAGCUCAAGCGGGGCGGACCAGGAGGUGGAGAGCCUGCGCAUAGCCUUCCCCAGGACAGCGGACGAGAUCCGCGUGCUGCUGUCGUGA